AUGGAUAUUCCAAAACUCCCCGGGAGGAAAUAUACAUUAGGGAAAGAGCCCAACCCAAUUAAGAGCAUUUCGUAUCACACGGAUUGUACGACGUUGCAUCAUGCUUUAGAAGAUGCUCUUGAUCAUCGAGAAUAUGAAGCGCUGAAGGAGUCGAAGUUGGGAGUUUUCAUCAAGUUCCAAGAGCUGGAAUUUGAACCGCUGGGGUUUUCACUGAUAGAGUUUGAAAACCUCACUGGUCUAAACUGUGAGUACAUCGAGGACCUUGAGAGUCCGUACUGUCCUUUUACAAAGGAGAUGUCUGCUUUCUGGGAGAAGUUGGGAGUUAAUAUCGAUGCUGGGCCAUCUACUGACCAGAUAAUAGCAGCACUCAAGAGAUGCAAAGACUGGUCUCGGGAUGAUCGCAAGCGGCUAGCGUACCUUGCCAUCUUCGCUGGAUACAUUGAAGGGAAAAAGGUCACAACCUCUACACGGGCUAGUCUGGCGAGGCUAGUGAUAGAUUUAGAACAGUUUGAGAAUUAUCCAUGGGGGAGAGUCACUUUUAAGGUGCUGAUUGAGUCUCUGAAGGCCAAAAAUAUCACGGGUUGUUACACGAUUGAUGGGUUUGUACAAGCUUUCCAGUCCUGGGUGUACACAGCUCUGCCGGAACUUGGUGCUGGUUAUGGUAAUCCCAUUAGAGUGGAAAACUUUGUUGAGAAGGAGGAGAUCGGUGAACUGUUUCCACAAUGGGACUCUGAUGUUGAGGACCCGGACGCGGAGAACAUAAUUAAAGUCAUGUAUAAGAGACCGUGGAAGUGGACCAUGGAUUGCUGGGAAGUCACCGGUACUUGUGAUGCGAGUCCAACGAAGAAAGAUGAAGAACGUCCAAGACGUCGGAAGAAAGCUGAAGAACAUCCAAGACGUCGGAAGAAAGCUGAAGAACGUCCAACUCCAAGACCUCGGAAGAAACCUCGUUUAGAGGCAACUGCAGAGGCAACUGCAGAGGCUAGUGAAGAGGCUACUAGUGAAGAGGCUAGUGAAGAGGGUCGUGAAGAGGCUCGUGAACGUGAAGAGGCUCCUGAAGAGGCUCGUGAAGAGGUUUCUCAUCAGGGUCGUUCCGAUGUUCGUACAGAGAGGAAGGAGGAUCCAAAGGAGGAUCCUAAGAAGAGAAAGGAGGAUCAAAAGGAGGAUCCUAAGGAGGAUCAAAAGGAGGAUCAAAAGGAGGAUCCUAAGGAGGAUGCUAGUGAGGUUGCUAAGGACGAUCCUAAGGAGGAUGCCAGUGAGGUGGCUAAUGAGGGUGCUAGUUCCUCGAAAGUGUCGAGUCUAGUGGUUGCCGAAGAAGUCGAAGAACCGAGCGUUCUUCUAUUGGAGAAAGAAAAAUCUACUCUUUCAGAUAAAGCAAAGGAGAUAGCUAGAUAUGAGUCAAAGAGGGAUGCUGCUCAUUUGGAACUUUAG